CUUUUAGAAAUCCAACUCUUUGUCUUCUCAGAAUCGCAUGAUGAGAAGUUUUCAAAAGUCUCCAUUCUCCAAAAAUUCAAUAAGAGCAACAAAAAAUAUAUUCGCAUUUCAGAAUUUUGUAUCGCGAAAGUUUGUGUCGUUGAAAUCGAAUAGCAUGGCUUCCUCGAGAGAUAAUCUAGCUGCUUGGAUAGUAGAGGCGAAGGGCAGGAUUGAAGUUAGACCAUCGGAGUUUUUCAUGCCCGAGAAAGGAGAAGUGUUGAUUAGGGUACAAGCAUCCGGUCUGCAACCUGCAGAUGCAAAAGUAGCCAAAUUGGGCAUCAUGAAUUUGAAAUAUCCCACCAUUCUUGGCUCUCCCGUGGCAGGAUUUGUUGAAGCUGUCGGAGAGGACGUCGAUAAAGUCAAGGUUGGUGAGAGAGUUGUAAGCGGAACAAUGAUUUUCACCAGUGGUGGUGUUGCAAAAUUUGGCGCUUCGCAGCGAUUCGUGAUUGUUGAUGCGAGAGAAGUCGUUCCUAUUGGCAAUACCGCCUUUCCCACUGCCAUCGCAACUGCGUCUCAGACUCCAUUAGCUGCACUCUAUGCUCCUGGAGCACUCAACAUGAGCCGUCCAAAUCCAUCUCCAAACCCAGCACCUGCAAAUGGAAAGAAGAUCCUAAUUUGGGGCGGUUCAUCUGCCAUGGGAGCACUUUCCAUUUGCUAUGCUAAAUUGGCUGGCUACACAGUCAUCUCGACAUCCUCACCUCACAACUUUCCUUUACUUAAAGAUCUAGGUGCGGAUUACAUUUUCGACCGUAGUGACAACUCUACGGUGUCGAAAAUCAAGGAACUGUUCCCCAUCGACUAUUGGUUUGAUACGAUCUCUCUCAGCUCAUCUCUAACCCCUAUUCGUGAUAUCUUGGAUGGUGUCAAGGAACAGGUGGAGAUUAUAACGCUCCUGCCGCCGAGUAUGAGUGGUGGUGAAGUUGUUUUCCCAGAGAAUGUGAAAACGAAGAUGCUCCUUUUUAGGAACAAGGCCGAGGAAAACCAGGACCUUGUACAGUGGAUGCUAGGGAAGGGUGGGUACCUAGAGCAAGGCUUGACAGAAGGAUGGAUUAAAGGCGUCCCUGCUGAGACUAUUGGGGGUUUGGGAGCUGUAGCUGAGGGGAUUGAAAGAUUGCAUAAAGGGGUAAGUGCAAGGAAGAUUGUAAUUGAGCCUUGGAUUGAGCAGUAGAAAGUCUGAUUUUACCAUCCUCAAUUAACUUCAAAGACUUGCUUUAUCAAUG